CUGCAGGAGUAAGGAUAUAAAACCUUGAGACAAGAGGAUGCUCCUCUCUCAAACCCGCUGCCAUCUCAGUGGUGGAAAUGUUGGAGUUGGGGAGGGUCGACUUUGAGGUGACAUUGACGCUAUGUAGAUGAGAGUGAGGCUCCUCUGCGCUCCAUGUUACGUCCCUGUUCGCUUCAACUCAGACGGCGGCAGCUCCUUUCCCCGUCUUCUCUCCCCUCCUCUCUUUCAGCACCACUCCUUUCAGGACAGCACCUCGCUCUCAAAGACGCAUUUAUCUGCCAUCCUUCCCCUCCAAGAUUGUGUAUUUGCUUGCUGUCGACGGAUGCAAAGUUUUCACCUUGUAAAAGUGCAAGGAAGUAACUUAAAAAAAAAGAAAUCCGGAUUUUCCCAUCGGGGGAAGAAUCUAGAAAAUAUUAUUGGUCGCUGGACCUCUGCUUAGCUGCCCCUGCUUCUGCUCUUGAUCGCUCUCACUACCACGAUCACUCGUCGCUCCUCGACUGUUGUCUGGAAGCUAGGUCUACAGGACGGAGAAGCUACCGCCUGCUUGGACCGGUGCUGAAACCCCCUCCUCUCCACUGGUCAGGACUAUCCGAAACGCACAGUGACCAUGGCUACCAACGGGACCAAAGCCACGGACGGACACGUCUUAACGGAGACCGUGAACGUCGCGCCCACCACCAUGCCAAACGACAAACCCAAAACCUUGGUGGUGAAAGUGCAGAAGACGAAAAAAGAGAUACCCGAGAGAGAAACAUGGGGUGGAAAAUUUGACUUUCUUCUCUCUUGUGUCGGAUACGCCAUUGGACUCGGAAAUGUCUGGAGAUUUCCUUAUUUAUGUGGAAAAAACGGAGGAGGGGCCUUCUUGAUUCCCUACUUUUUGACCCUCAUAUUUGCUGGCAUGCCCCUGUUCCUUCUGGAGACGGCUCUUGGUCAGUACACUUCAAUUGGAGGUCUCGGGGUGUGGAAACUGGCCCCCAUGUUCAAAGGUGUGGGUCUGGCUGCUGCUGUUUUGUCCUUCUGGCUAAAUAUCUAUUACAUUGUAAUCAUUUCCUGGGCUAUUUACUAUCUGUACAACUCCUUCACUACUGACCUGCCAUGGCAGAGUUGUGGCAAUUCCUGGAACACAGACCGCUGCUACACCAACUACAGUAUUGCAGACACCAGAAACCUGACCAGUGCAGUGGUGGAGUUCUGGGAACGUAACAUGCACCAGCUGACUGAUGGUCUGGAGAAGCCUGGGGAGGUCAGGAUCCCGCUGGCUAUUACGCUCGCCAUUGCAUGGGUGCUCGUCUAUUUCUGUAUCUGGAAGGGGGUCAGCUGGACUGGCAAAGUGGUGUACUUCUCGGCCACAUACCCUUACUUUAUGCUCUUCAUCCUGUUUUGCCGUGGUGUCACUCUUCCUGGUGCAAUUGAUGGAAUCCUCUUCUAUAUCACACCAGAUUUUAACAAACUUAAGGAGUCUGAGGUGUGGCUGGAUGCUGCCACUCAGAUCUUCUUUUCCUACGGGCUGGGAUUAGGCUCUCUGAUUGCUCUCGGAAGCUAUAAUACCUUCCAUAACAAUGUAUACAGGGAUUCUGUCAUUGUCUGCUGCAUCAACUCCUUCACCAGCAUGUUUGCUGGCUUUGUCAUCUUCUCCAUCGUGGGAUUCAUGGCCAAUGUAACAAAGAGACCCAUCGCUGAUGUGGCAGCCUCAGGACCUGGUCUGGCAUUUUUGGCUUAUCCUGAGGCCGUCACCCAGCUACCCAUCUCUCCUCUCUGGGCCAUACUCUUUUUCUCCAUGCUGCUCAUGUUGGGAAUCGACAGCCAGUUCUGCACCGUGGAAGGCUUCAUCACUGCACUGGUUGAUGAAUUCCCUCAUAUUCUCCGAAAACGCAGAGAGCUCUUCAUUGCUGGCGUCUGCCUUGUUUCAUACAUCAUUGGACUGUCCAACAUCACACAGGGUGGACUGUAUGUGUUCAAGCUAUUCGACUACUACUCAGCCAGUGGAAUGUGCCUGCUCUUCCUGGUCUUUUUUGAGUGCAUCUCAAUUUCAUGGUUUUACGGUGUGAACAAAUUCUAUGACAACAUUGAGGAAAUGGUUGGCUACAGGCCCUGUCUGUGGUGGAAGGCCUGCUGGGUUGUUUUCACUCCGCUCAUUGUGGCUGGAGUCUUCUUGUUUAGUGCAGUGCAGAUGGUUCCCCUCACCAUGGGUGACUAUGUGUUCCCAGCCUGGGGCCAAGGGGUUGGCUGGUGUAUGGCCCUCUCCUCCAUGACCCUUAUUCCUGGCUACAUGGGCUACAUGUUCCUUACACUCAAAGGCACAUACAAAGAGCGUCUGCGGAUGAUGAUCAAGCCUGUGGUACUUGUGAAGGCUCAGGAAAAUGGCCCAGACCAGCAGACAGAAAACCAGAGUCAGAACCCUGCCAACGAGGAAGCCUACAUCUAGAAACUUCUGCCUGUCUUUCUGUCUCGAUGGCCAGACUGGCUACACAGAAGAAACGUAAUCAAGGUUGGGAACGACCACCAGACUUCCAUGUCUGCUUUUAUUCACCUACCUCCUGGGGACACGUGAGACCAACCUGAUUACACAGUUAUUUUUAGGGUUUUUUCUGUUUGUUUAUUUGUAUAAUACAGAGUUAUAAAACUUAUGAGGAAAAACAAAACUACCCAGCAAAAUUGUUGUGAUAUUAUGAAUUUCAUUAUGCAAAAAAGUUAGUCUUUUAGAAAAGGAAAUGUGACUUAGGAAAUUACUGUAUAUUGAAUAUAUAAUUUAAAUUUGGAGGCCCACGUUGAUUCAAUAGUAUUGUGCUUAUUUGAAGAUAUUAAUUAAUCUAUUAAACUACUAUUACUGUACAAAGAAAAUUAUUGGUUAAUGCAUUUUGCUUGUACAUGAAAUAAAUACAUUAAAAUGAAUGCAGUGUAGUAGGUGAAAAAAAAGCAAUUUGAAAGUUUGUAAAGAGAAAAUGAAAUAUUGACCAAUUUAAGGCAAAGACAAUAUGGGAAUGUGCAACAGGUAAGGCCAAAUCUGCUUGUAUGUGUAAAAUAUAAUUUAGCCAGACUAUCACUCCCUUUGCAGGAUCCUGCAGUUCACCUGAAAUGUUUACCACCCAUGUCUGGGACUACCUUUGUAAAGCACAAGCAGAGUAAGGAAUAUGAAGCGUCCAACUUCAUUCUGCUUCGAUUGAAACUUGUGACAACAGCAAAAAUAACUUACAUAGGAUUCAUAGCAAGAGACUGUUAUAAUUGUUUCUUUGUUUUCUAAAGAACAAUAACUUUGUAUGUUGUCUGAAUCUUUUUUGUAGAAUCAUUUUUAGGUCAUUUUCUAUAUGUGAGAGUGAGAAGGACCAAAAUCAUACUCAAGUUUGAAAGAUUGGUGCAGACAUUUGACCCAUGAAUUAAAACAAGCAUACCUUUUUGUCUCUCGAAAAACAGGGCACAGUAGUGAAGACAACAUCUGCUUACAAGCACAAUUUGGAUCUGUGAACUACCACCUCUAACAAGAAAGGUGUAGCCAAUACAGAAAUCUCACAUUUGCACUGUGCGUACUAUAUUUCUGCCUGAGAUUAUUUGGAAAAUGUAGAUUUUCAUUCUCCUGACAACCAGUUAAGUGGAAACUCUGAUAUUUAAAACUGUGAGAACGAAUAAGCUGCAGUGGCUGCUGCAUUGGAGACUGUAUGAUGGAUUUCUUGGAUAGCCACUACUAUUCUGACUGAAACCGUUUACUUGUGUAUCUAUUUAGUAACCCACUUCUCAGGAACAAAGGUGGAUGUGACCAAAUUCUCUCAGAUACUACCAUUAUACACUGAAACAAUUAAUGCUGUAUUUAAAAAAUGCAACUUUUAUCAAAUUUCUGCCAUUUUACCUUAUGGAGCAACACAAAUCAGUACAAACACUAUGCGUAAUUGGGCACAAUUGAACGCUCCAAGUCAUUGCCUCGUUUUUGUGUGCUAUUCAACGAGCAUAAUUUCUUUCAGUGUAAAUGAACUGUGAUGGCCUUCACUCAGUCAUUUUAGUAGAAGCCAUAAUGUGUUUCUACCCUGUGGCGAGUGCAGAUUUUCAAUAUCAGACUAGGAGAGAGAAACUUUGGCUCAGUCAGAGGACAAAGCCGGCAAAAGCACUGUUAACACAACAGGACACAGCCAGAUGCUAUAUAGGCCAACACCACUGAAACUACUCCUUUAAUAGGAUAAAGACAAACCUAUUAUUACAUAUCAAGUUUGUUCAGCAAUAUAAAAA